AUGCCUUUAGAAAAGCCUUCUGUCCCUUUGCCCAAGCAGACCAAGGUUGAAAGGGGGAACUUUCGCAAACCGAAGCUGAGGUUCCAUUUGCUGAAUCGGUUCACUCUGCUGCUCCUGCUUCUUCUCAGCCCAACUCCAGCUGUUCAGGCCCCUGUCAAUCUCAGUGAACCCAGCCCUACUGAUGAGGCAUUUCUGUACACUAUUGGACGCAAGAAGCUGCUGCAAGCCCAGUACAGCUGCUAUGACAGACUACAGGAGCUGCCCCCUUAUGAAGGAGAAGGCCUAUAUUGCAACCGUACCUGGGAUGGGUGGCUGUGCUGGGAUGACACGCCAGCUGGAGCAACGGUCUAUCAGCAUUGCCCAGACUACUUUCCAGACUUUGACGUGACUGAGAAGGCUUCAAAAUACUGUGAUGAAAAUGGAGAAUGGUUCAGACACCCCGACAGCAAUCGAACUUGGUCCAACUAUACUCUGUGUAAUGCUUUCACUUCUGAGAAACUGCAUAAUGCAUAUGUCCUGUACUACCUGGCUCUUGUGGGUCAUUCUUUGUCGAUUGCUGCUUUGAUUACUUCCCUGGGGAUCUACUUGUUUUUCAAGAGCCUGAGAUCCCAAAGGGUGACAGUGCACAAGAACAUGUUUCUCACUUACAUUCUAAACUCUAUCAUUAUCAUCAUCCACCUGCUUGAGGUCGUGCCCAAUGGUGAUCUUGUGCGACGGGAUCCAAUGCAUAUAUUUCAUCAUAACACACAUAUGUGGACAAUGCAGUGGGAACUGUCACCACUCUUGCCCCAGAGUGCAGAGAGAAAGAUGGACUCUAAUAACAGUGAAGUGAUAAGUUGCAAGGUUCUGCACUUCUUUCACCAAUACAUGAUGGCUUGCAACUAUUUCUGGAUGCUCUGUGAGGGGAUCUAUCUUCACACUCUCAUCGUUGUGGCUGUCUUCGCAGAGGAGCAACGCCUGUGCUGGUAUUACCUUCUUGGCUGGGGGUUCCCAGUGAUACCAACCACUAUCCAUGCCGUUACUCGUGCUCUCUACUACAAUGACAAUUGCUGGCUGAGCGUCGAGACCCACCUGCUUUACAUCGUCCAUGGACCUGUCAUGGUGGCUCUGGUGGUCAAUUUCUUCUUUCUGCUCAACAUCGUCCGUGUUCUUGUGACCAAGUUGAGGCAAACUCAUCAGGCAGAAGCCUACAUGUACCUGAAAGCUGUGAAGGCUACCAUGGUCCUUGUGCCCCUGCUGGGGAUCCAGUUUGUCGUGUUUCCCUGGAGGCCCUCCAACAAGAUUCUUGGGAAGAUCUACGAUUAUGUCAUGCACACUCUGAUUCAUUUCCAGGGAUUCUUUGUUGCAACUAUCUACUGCUUCUUCAACCAUGAGGUUCAAGUUGCCGUGAAACGCCAGUGGGCAAAGCUCAAGAUUCGGUGGAGCCAUCGCUGGGGAAGGCGCCGCCGCCGCCGCAACAACAACCGCGUGGUCGCUGCUCCUCGUGUUACAGCCUUCGCUGAGCCUGGUGGCCUUCCCCUGUACAUCUGCCAUCAGGAACCGAGAAAUCCUCCAGUCAACAACAACCGAGCCCGAGCCCAAGAGGGUACCGAAAUGAUUCCCAUGAACGCCAUCCCGCGAGACCCAUCUGCCAUCAUUGAGGAAGAAGACUCAACUGCUUGA